AUGGCAGCCUCCUCGUGGCCCGUGAAGAUCUACAACAGCUCGUCGAUCACCACCGACAGCCUCAAGGUCCCGCUUCACGCCUUCAUCCGCGCCUACGACGCACCGACACCGUCCAUUGUCGUGCGCGCCGAUACGCAAGUUUUCCUCGACAGUCUUGCUUUUCAAGACGACGGCAAAGUUCUCGGCUUUGAUCUCGACCAUGAUGGCUACGACCGCCUUCGCAACACCGAAGUACGCUACCUCAUCGACGUGUACAUGCCGACGCGGUCGCUGGCGUCGCUUCGCGCAAUGGGCUCGGGCGACGUGGUUGUGACCCCCAGCGCACUCCAAAACACGUCCGUGGUCUUGACGACGGCGGGCUCGGGCACUGUUUUCGUCUCGGCGCCGUCCAUUGAGCUCGCGAACUUGAACAUCUCGGUGUCAGGCUCGGGCGGGUUUCAGUGGGAUGUGCCGGCGACAAAGGUGACCUCGGGCGUGGAUCUUUCUGUCAGUGGUUCGGGCACGCUGGCGCUCUCGACUACGACACUGGAUGCUGGCUCGCUCAAGAUGGCUGUUGCGGGCUCGGGCAAAGCCUACGUCGGCGCCUCGUCGCUCGUAAAUGUGUCCUCCUCGGUGGCGACGUCAGUCGCUGGCUCAGGCCAAGUCAACUUGUACGCGGCUGGCACCUGCCGCGACCAUAAGGUCUCCAUUUCUGGCUCGGGCGAUGCGUUUGUGAGCGCCAUGAACUGCCGCGAUACGUCUGCUGUCAUUGCGGGCAGCGGUAGCGCAUACAUUCAGUCCACGACGACGCUCGCCACCUCUGUUGCGGGCUCGGGGCGCAUUUACGUCGCGGGGACGGUUCCCGGCGGGCUUCCCGGUUCGUACACCCCAAUGGCGUCGCCGCCCGUGACGACGUACAACGCUGUGCCGGUUCCUGCGUACGAACCCCACAAGACUAAGUUUGGCUCGCACGUGAGUACCGGUACGUCGUGGACGCGGGACAACGCGACACUUAUCGGUGUCCUUGUCGCGGUUCUGAUUGUGCUCCUGGUCGCAUUCGGGGUCUACCGUUGCCGCAAGUCGGGCCGCGCAUGCUUCCGCUCCAAAACGGAGCGACCCGUCGGAUAUGCGCGCAAGACCUCUACUGAGAACCAAGCGCCGUCCAUGGCAUAG